UGAGCUCACUUUUGCCAACUGUCACUUUUAGAAUUCUGUUUCUUGAAACUUCUGGAUGCCUUGUUGCCAUAGUGUCCUUACUAAGUUAUCACAGAGUAUUAGUUUAUAUCUUUAGUAGGUAAUGCUGCCUUACCUUUUAAUAGUGACAGUCCAUUAAAGCAGAGGUUUUCAACCUUUUUGAGUCCACAGCUUCCUUGACCAACUACAUUCUUUCUACGGCACCCCUGUGGGGCUCAGGAGCCCAGUUAUGUCACCCCUUGCCUGCAGAGCUUUUUUCUUCCCUUUUGUUGAUUGUUAGAAAGUAAACUACUUAACAGUAGUGGUAGCUUUACCUCUAAUGACAAGUUGCCAUAUUUUGUAUCAGUCUCUUCUCUAACUAUUUGGAUUCAGAUUUAGAUAAGUUUUAGAUGACAAGGAAGGGUAUUCCCUGGAGAGCCAUUUUAGAUCAGUUUUAAUGCAGGGGCUCCAUAGGAAAUCCUAAAAAACUAACUAUAGAAAUAUAGUUUUAUGGAACUAUUUAUGUAAAUAGAGAACAUAUUUUUAACUCGAUAAAAAGUUUUAUUCUUCUUCAUUACCUUAAUCCCUUAGCUUCAGAAGCCCUCUGAACGAGAAGUGGUUACACAAGGCUAUUGCGCAAGGGUGUUAUGAUCUAAAGUGAAAAAAUGGAGACCGAACCUCCACCUUCUAGUAAUCAGGAAAGUACUGUUGAAGAACCUUCCCCUGUUCUCGAGGAGCAUCCAGCAAAAGUAAGAAGAGCAAAAUCAUCUCGGUCACAACACAGGCGUCCAAGAGGUGCACGGUCAUCACAUAAAAGACGGCGACCCAUGACAGCCGUCGAGGAAGAAGGUCCAUUUUCUGACAGAGCUGUCUGCACAGUUUUCUACAGGAAAUUAUAUCUUAUGUCUACACUUCAGCUGGGCUUGACCCUUGGUAUAAUUUGCACGUUCGUCUACUGGAAAUACCUUAAAAUAUGGGUACGAAGACGCCCAUGGUUUUGCUAUACCAUGUUACCAUUAAUCAUGUUGCUGGCUAUUACAAUAGCCUGCUGUGAUCAAGCCCGCAGGCGAUUUCCACUGGACGUCAUUAUGUUGUUAAUAUUUACAAUUUGUGAGGGUAUGUUGCUUGGAUCAAUUGCAGCUUUCUUUGAUGCUGAUGCAGUUAUGUGGUCAGUUGGUGCCACUGCGUCGGUGACAUUUGGACUUGCCGCUUUUACUCUUCAGAAAAAAUGUGACCUUACGAUCACAUCAGGAAUACUGCUAAUUUUGUAUUUAGUCUUGCUUAUUUAUGGAUGUCUUUGUGCUAUCCUGCAAUCAAUGUGGUUACGAAUAAUACAUGCUGCUGUUGGAACACUAAUUUUUAGCAUAGUAAGUCUUAAAGGAACUGAAGGCUGAAUCGACUGAGAUGCUCUUAUCUGUUGGUGGACACACAACUAAUGCUCGGAAAGAGGGACCAGUAUCAUCUGAAUCCUAAUGAGUAUAUUUUUGCAGUACUGAACAUCUACAUUGACAUCUUUUCUUUCUUUUUAUUUUUAUUGCAAUUUGUUGGUUGGAGGAAGUGAGAAGCACAUAAAUAAAGGGGAUUGUUUUAGAAGUA